AUGAUGGGCAAAGAUGGAGCCGGCAUUAAAUUUUCAAUGGAAGCAGUAUUGGCUUUGACUUUUCAGAAGCCUUAUCUGUUAGAUGGUGUUUGUCACUGGGCUGCGGAGCUGUGGAUGUUCGUCAGUUGGAAGUUGCAGGCAGUUGAACGAUAUGGACAGGUGAAGGCUCCGUGGGGACUGGCCCAGCUCGCGGAGAGCUGGAGGGGAAGGCAAGAGGCUGUCAUCGUUCACAUCACAAGGACCAGAGACACCCUUCCUGGGAAGAGAGCUGACAAACCUUCUGUGGUAAGGGGUGAACAUCCUUGGGAAGCCACAGAGAGCAAGGCGCAGUUUUUCAUUGAUCACCACCAUCAAGAUGCUCCCAGAAUCGUGCUGUCUAGGAAACCAUUUAAACCGGUGAGAAGCCAUCCUCUCUUGAAUGGGGGCUCCCACUGUACAUCUGGCACCCACUUCACAGACAAUUCCGGCAGAUGUGGGCUGAACUCAGAUCGGCGGGAGCGCCGGUCUGCAAUCUGCAAACAUUUUUCUUGCCACUUUGUUUCAUUUUUCCUAAACUUAACUGAUUUGGAAUCUGGAGAUAUAAAUGAAAAAUGCCGAGUUGGCCUAUCAAUCACGGCAUGCACAAACAUCGCCACUGCCCUUCCUAACAUCCUAUUACCACUGGGUAGUUGGCUAGUCAAACAGGAAUAAAAAUUACACUGCAAACAUC